CUCCUGCUUCCAACUUCAACAUCUACAUCUGCAUCUACAUCACGCAAACAGUCUAUCGCUCAACCCAUCAUCAUUUCAAUAUCGAGACUAUCAAGAGAAUAUCCCCGCAAGUGAAGGAGAGGCACAACAUCAUCCCCCAUCCAUAAGAAAAGCUAGGUAAUAGCUACAUCGUCCGACAAUGUCCAAGCGUAUCACAAAGGAAUUCGCUGAGAUUUCUCAAAACCCGCCUGAGGGUUUCACCGUUUCCCUCCCACCUGAUGAGUCCAUCUACACCUGGCAUGUAACGCUCACGGCACCUGAGUCAUCUCCCUACUACCCAGGCAAAUUCGGAAUCGUCCUGACCCUGCCAACUGGGUACCCCUUCAAGCCGCCUGUCGUCAAGUUCGUCACUCGGAUCUAUCACCCCAACGUCACAAACGACGGCCAAGGCAACAUCUGCCUUGGCCUCCUCAAGCCCGAUGCUUGGAAACCUAGCACGCAGCUCCGCGCCGUUCUCGAGGGCCUUCGUAAUCUCCUAGAGGAGCCCCAGAUCGACAGCCCUCUUGAGGAGCGCAUUGCUCAAGAGUAUCAGAACAACCGUGCCGAGUUUAAUAAAACCGCCAAGAAACAAGUUGAGCAGUAUGCAAUGGGUUCACCUGAUUUCCCUCCAGUUGCCUAGAAUGACAGCCAUGGAAUCAACGGGUGCUGCGUCGUAAUACCAGGACCUUUCGGUAUAGAUGCUACGUCUGCGCCUCCCGCUCUUGCACCUCAAUCGUAUUUCAGACCA